AUGUUCAGCACGAAAUGCAAAGACGUUGUUCCUCAUGUUUUUCCGCCUCUCGGUGUGUGCAUCCUACUUUCUGUGGCUGAACACAGCAAAUGCCAGAGAACAAAAUCAGCGGACAACGCUAAACUGAAUCGAAGAACUACUGACUGGAAAGGGUUAAAAAUCUCGAGCGUGCGUGCGCGCGCGUCUCUCUCUCUCUCUCUCUGUGCUUACGGAACAAAUAUAAAAAUCGAUUUCUUUUUGUAUGAGCGCCUGUCCGCAUGCCUACAGUAUUUUAUCAUCUAUCUAUCUAUUCAUUCAUCUAUCUAUCUAUCUAUCUAUCUAGACAGUAUUUUAUCUAUCUAUCUAUCUAUCUAUCCUAUCUAUCUAUCUAUCUAUCUAUCUAUCUAUCUGAGACAGUAUUUUAUCUAUCUAUCUAUCUAUCUAUCUAUCUAUCUAUAUAUAUAUAUAUAUAUAUAUAUAUAUAUCUAUCUAUCCCAGACAGGUGCUACAGUCUCAUUCUAUCUAUUCAGCAGUCCAUUCUAUUCAUCUAAAUAUAUAUAUCUAUCUAUUUUGGACAGUUCUUAUCUAUCUAUCUAUCUAUCUAUCUAUCUAUCUAUCUAUCUAUCUAUCUAUCUAUCUACCUAUCUAUCUGAAUAUGCUCUCUAUCCUUUUCUUUCUCACUCUGAUCAAAUUUGUUAA